AAACUGGAGGUGUUGGUGUUGGCGGUUGGGAAUGAGUCCAGGUGUACUCGGGUGAGGAGAUCCAGGCAAGGUGGACAGGCGCUGGGGAAGGUGCAGUUUAACACGAGCGGGGUACGGGAUAGGGCGGCGGAGGUGGAGGGCGCCACAGCUUACUUUGAGGGGGUGGAUGAGGCUUGGAAGCGAUGCUAUACCGAGACGGGAUUGGGCGAGGUCCGGUUGGAACGGUAUCGUGGUGUUGAGGGGGUCAAUGGCAUUGAGGGCGCGUGGAAAGCACUCUGUGGGCAGAAAUUGGCACCCAAUGCUGGGAUUGUGGUCAGGUUGUCAUCUUCCUGACUUUGUAUCUCAUUGAUAUUGUCCCGACUCCCUUCUUUUGUGAGCACUUGAGCGUUGAUCAAUUGCAAACAAGCUCAUGAACAUGAUGCCAAAGGACUCGGAGUUGGUGGAGGUUCCUUCUUCCACCAGCAGUCCUGCAGCGGGAGAGAAGCCCAUCGUCAGCGCCUCAAAAUCUGCAACCCCAACCACGAUGCCCUGCGAAAAUUGCCUCAACUACAACUUCGGCUGGGAGACACUAGAUCCUGAGAGGGAUUGUCGACCUGCACUGUUCACCACCUUUGGCAAGCUUGUUGACCCUUCUACCACUUGUCCUUUGUGCAAGCUUAUCUUGGAAGGCCUCGAAAACAAUUUUGCUAAGGGCAAUCAGGGUUCAUUGAAGCAUCGGGUGGGCAAAGACAGCGAGAUCUUUGUGUCCAUGUGGCCGUGGUGGGAGGAAGGGGAAACCACCAUAAGCUUCUUUAUUAUACCCCCUGAGGAAAGAAGAUCUCGGCAUCCUAUCCCAAGGCUUACGGAGUCAAAUUUGCGUGUCUAUUCGGAAAUCUAUAACUGGGCCCGCUCCCCACCGCUCAUACCGUGGAGUGAGCCAUGUUUAGACCGGCUGAGACAAUGGCUUAGCGACUGCCUUUAUGAGCAUGGACCGAUAUGUUGCACGACGCUUUCUGGCGAGAGAAUUGACGAGUCGUUACCGCCAGUCCUUCCUACUCGAGUUAUCGACGUAGGCCCGCUGGAUGGCUCUGGGAGCGCCCGUCUUCUGGAAUCGAAUGGGGAACGUGGGUAUUACACCGCCCUCAGUUACUGCUGGGGAAGUUCUCAGAAGUCUGACCGGCCCUAUUUAACCACAACAGAGACACUUCAACAGCAUCUUUCGGAGCUUCCGUGGGAUUUGCUUCCGAAGACCCUUCGGGAUGCUAUCUUCUUAACCCGGGCACUUGGGGUACGGUAUCUUUGGAUAGACUCGCUAUGCAUCAUCCAGGACUCCAAUGCCGACUGGGAGAAAGAAGCAGCAAGAAUGGGUACAGUGUAUGCGCAGGCGCGGCUUGUCAUUGCCGCAACAACAGGCACGAAUGCCGAGGCUGGUCUGUUCCCAAUCCAGACGCAAAUUCAUCGUCCAGGCCAGCCGUCUCUAUAUUUCCGCAAAUUGCCCAACGAAAGAGGAUCUCCGAAACUCAAUCUUCCUCUAUUCACUAGAGGCUGGGCAACCCAGGAAUGGGUACUUGCAAGAAGGAUUGUGUUUUGGACGCGAGAACGGAUGUGCUGGUACUGCACGCGUGAGUGUGUCGGGGAUGAUGGUAUCAGGGCGUCCUUUUACUCUGGCUUCACUGAUCAAUUUACCACAUGGAAGGAGAUUGUGACACUCUACUCCGGUAGGAAUCUCACAUACCCUGGGGAUAAGCUCAUUGCUUUGAGGGGCAUCGCCAACAAAUUACAGAAGAAGAGGCCGGCAGACAAGUACGCAUUUGGAUUGUGGCAGUCCAAUCUACCCUACGAACUCCUUUGGUCAGGUCAGGCAGCCACAACUGACCCUAGACUGGAGGAAUUGCAUAUACCGUCAUGGUCUUGGGCUGCCCAUCCUGGUGGUGUGCGGUUCUUGGAGGACGGUGUAAGAGACCGGCAACUGCGAGGCUGGGAACUAUCCGCCCAGUUAUCUAUUUCUUUCCUAGAGUAUCAUUCCCUCCGGAUUGUGGCAAGAUCCAAGAGGGUGGAUCUUCACGCACCUAACAUGGUAAACCAUUGUUUCCGUUGGUUCCGACGUGAAAAUGAAGUUGUCAAUCACGAUAACCCAUGCGUUGGAGUCUGUACGGGAGAAAUAUUAGCGAUUUGUCCGAAAGAAAUUGGCCCUGGCUCGGUCCAAAUUGCUCUUCGCAAAGAGAGAAUAUGGGUGGUGUUUGACAGCAGAGACUUUCUCAGUAAGUACCAGAAAGAGCGAGAUACUCGUAAAUGUGGGAAGAAGAGGAAGACGAUCGGAGCCCUGAAGCGUAGUUUAGGGAUGUCUGCGGGCAUACUUGAAGAGUUUUCAUUCGUGGAGAUUGCAUCUGACAUGGGGUGGGACUAUGCCGUUGUGGGCUUGUUGUUGCGCAAAAGCCCCCAUACACCCGGCAGAUAUAUUAGAGUUGGAUUGGGGUUUGCUUUCAAGGCGUGGUUCGAAGAUGCGAAAAUGGGGACGUUUGUUCUUGAAUGACGGUUGGGCAAAGGGCCGGAGCAUUAAAAAGUAUCGUUGGGAAUAAACAGAGAGGAGAGGGUAUAAUGAGAAGAACGACGGGAACGAUGCUAUUGGGUUUGAUCCUGCAAUCGUUCAUCAGGGACGUGGCUUGCUGGAACUGAAUUGGAAAGAUGGUGAUAGGUGUGA